AUGUCAUCUCCACAAACAAGAUCUCCAUCUCCACCUUUUAAUAAUUCAACAUUUAUAUUACCAUCAUCAAUAAUGAGUUCUCAUGAUCAUCAAUUUAAUAAUCCAAAUAAUAAGCAACAUAGAACACUAAGUCCACAAACUAUAUCCACUUUACAUUACCAACAACAACAACAUCAUCAUCAACAUCAUCAACAACAUCAACACCCACAAUCGCAAGCUCAAUCACAACAACAUCCUCAUUAUCUACAUCCUCAACAAUUACGUCUGCAACCACAUAAACUAUCAAGUUCACAUUCACAAGAAGAUAAAGAUAUUUCAAUCUCUUCACUGAUUGAUGAUGUACUUCUCACACAGGAGAAAAUAGACAAAAAUUUACAAAUUAAAGAUUUAGAUAGAACACACAAUGAGUCAAAAAUUGAGGCAACAGAGCCUCAUCUAGCCAACACAACAGCUAAUCUUCAAGAUACAACAUCUCAAUCGAGCAAAUUUUUAAAUGUAAAAGAUACAAUUAUAGAAGAAGAUGUCACCGAUAAUACAACCAUCAACCCACAGAUUUCAAUUACAGCUACUACAGAGGAUACUUCAAAUACACCACCAACUUCCUCAUCCACAUCAUCAUCAUCAUGCUCCUUAACAAGGCUAAAAUCAUGUAAAAGAUCAUCGUCAUCAUCAAAUGAUUUAUUAUAUGAAAGAGAUAGGUUUAGAGCUAGACUAAAAAGUUUUAAUGAUUGUAUUCAUUGUGAUAAACCAAAUACUACAAGCGGAAAAAAGUCCGAUGAAACAUUAUGUGACGUUUGUGAUGGUAUAGGUUUCAAAACAGCAAAAUUAAAUAUGAAUCAACAACAUCAACAUACAAACUCAGUCCAAGAAGUACCCACAACCGAAGAAGAAGAAGAAGAAGCCGAAGGUGAUAUAUUUGAAUUCAGACAUAUUACAAUACCACAAUUGAAGAAAAUAUUCAGCAAAUAUUUCAACUCAACAUUACCUAAAACUCAAGAUGUAUUUCCCUGGCUACAUGGAUUACACAAUGAUAAUUUCGCUCAAAAAUCAUUUUUCUUACAACAACAACAACAACUACAACAAAAAUUGGGUAUCAACAAUAAUAAUUUUUUCAUUGAUUUUGAUCUAACAAAGCCAAGAUCAUCAAAGUUUUUAAUGUGUGUAAAUGAUGAUUCAAUACCUGUACAAUUACAUAAUAGUGUAAAAUUAAAUGAGAUUUUACAAAAAAUAGAUGUUUCAAAACUGGAAAUCAAAAAUAUAAUAGAAUCAAUAUGGGAUGAUGAAAUAAUAGAUCAUAAAUUUUUAGAUCUAUUAGUUAAUGAUUGUAUUAAUUUAAAUGUGUUACCCAUUUUUUUAAAUUUAGAUCCCGAUAGAGGUAUAUCUUUGAGAAAUUUUCAUAUUCAAGUUGCAAAAUUGUCUACUAGUUCUGAUUUUAUAAUUUAUGGAUCAAAUAAAGAAAAAAUGAAUUCAAUGGCUAGAGUAUUAUGGUUAGCUCAAAAAUAUGAUCAACAGUUAAAUACUAAUGAAUAUCAAGAAAAAAUCAUAUACAUCUUAGAUGAUGAAGUAUUGGAGAAUUCAAAAAUUUAUGAAAAAUUAGAAUUAGAAAAAGAAGACGAAUCACUAGAAACACCACUUAAAAACUAUUUCAAUUUCUCCAAAAUAAAUCGUCAAAAAUUAGAUUAUAAAAUACAUGAUCCCUUCUUGGUCUGGGAAAAUGAUUUUCAAAUAAAUGAAAAAAUUGAAACUACAAAAAUGUCAACUGCUACAAGAAUCAAUCAAAAUGUUUGGAUAGGUAAUUUUUGGGAUUAUCAAAUAAUGAACCAUUAUUUAAAUACUGAUAAAAAUUUGUCUAAAACUACUCAAGAGUCUCAUAAAGAUUUGUAUAAUAAUCCAAAAAAUUCGUUGAUCCUACAUAAGAAUUUGAAAUCAAGAGAUUUCAUAAAUUUAUUACCACACCCUAAAACCAACUACAAAUUAUUUUUACAUUGCCAUUCAGAUGCUACAUUUCCAGAUUUAAAUGAAUUAUCAAAACUAUUAUUUCAAUACACAAUUACAAGUCAUGAAAAUUCAACAGUACAAGAAAGACAUUAUUUAAGUUUCCCACCUUCAGGUUCAAUAGGUAUUGGAGAUUGCAAAAGAGAAAAUUUAAAUCUGAUUAUAAACACAUGUAAAUUAAUAUAUUUAUAUUCAUCAUCAAACUCCUCCAAUGGGUUAGGUUCAUUAAUUUAUUGUUCUGAUGGGUAUACAGAAUCUUCAUUAUUUGUAUUUUGUUUUAUGAUUUAUUCAUUGAAUAUUUCGUUAGAUGAAGCUAUAUUACAACUACAUUUAAAAUAUGGUAGACCUUUUUAUAUUUUCAAUAGUGAUGUUAUAAUUUUACAAAAAUUAGAACCAUUACUUAGGAAAUUUAGUCCUUUAAAAUUAGGCUCAAAAAUAGAGUGGUCAAAAUUGAAGGAAUUAACUGCAAUGGAGAUUAAUGAAAUCUUGUUAGGUAAGCCUAAAGUUCAAAAUAAUACAAGAUUAGGAUAUAUUGUGAAUAGUUCCGAUGAAGAAGAGUAUGAAGAUGAAGAAGAAUCAAAUCAACCAAGUGAUUUAGAAACUAGUUCAUCUUCAGAUUCAGAUGAUAAUUUAUCAGAUAUUGAAACAGAAGAGACAGAAUUGAAAAAAUUUCAAGUUGAUUGGGUAAAAGAAGUAGAGGGAUCUAUACCAUCCAAGAUAUUACCUUAUUUAUACCUUGGUUCUUUGAAGCAUGCAUCUUGUUUACCAUUAUUAAAUAAACUAGGUAUUAAAAAAAUCAUAUCAGUUGGAGAAAAUUUACCAUGGAUUAAUGGGUAUAAAUUUCAAAAAUAUAAUAAUAUUUUAGUUGAUGAAAUUGAAAAUCAAAAUAUUGAAUUUUUUAAUAUAGUCCCCAAAUCACCCAAAUUUAAAAAAUCAAAAUUACAUUGGAAUACCACUAUUGAAACGAUAAUGAAAGUAAACAAUUUAGAAGAUGAUGGAAUAGAUGAAUUGUCACAACAACUUCCUUCAAUUCUCGAAUUUAUUGAAAAAGAAUACACUAAAACUAAAGGACAAACCAAAAUAUUAGUUCAUUGUAGAGUUGGAGUAUCAAGAAGUGCAACAGUUGUUAUAGCAGAAAUAAUGAGAAGAUUACAAAUUAAUUUAUCAAUGGCUUAUCUUUACGUUAGAGUUAGAAGAUUAAAUAUUAUUAUACAACCAAAUCUUAGAUUCAUGUAUGAAUUAUUUAAAUGGGAGGAACUGAUUAAAUUAGAAACUAAGAAUCAAUUUUUAAAAGGUAAUGAAGAUGAAGAAGAUAAUGAACAUAGAGUAGUUAAUUAUAAUGAUGGAACUAUAUAUCUUCGUGAGAUUGAUUGGUUUAUUAUGUGUCGAGAAAUAAUGAGGUUGAAUAUUCCUUAUUUGAACAAUUAA